GCCAUCAUGUGGUUGCUGGGAAUUGAACUCAGGACCUUUGGAAGAGCAGGUGGUGCUCUUAACCACUGAGCCAUCUCUUCAGCCCCCAGAACAGCAGUCUUGAAAUGUUGAACAUGUUAUUCACCCAUCACAAGCCAGUAUUUAUUCCUGGUGUUUUAACAUCAGCAUCUCACUGUGGAGCCUAGACUGGCCUUAAAUUACGGUGAUCCUCCUGUCUCAGCACCCCACACAGGGCUUGGAGCUUUUUAUUUAUUUGAUUAGUUACAGUUCGAGCUGGGCUUUACCCACCGUGCAGCCCAGGCUGACCUUGAACUCAGCUCUUGAUUCCCCUACCUCAGCCUACUAAGGGCUGGAGACCACGGGUGUGUGUCACCCAGCCUGGCGACUAUUAAGCUUCUUGAGGGUGGAAAGUUCAACUCUUGUUCAGCGCUGCUCUCCUCACACCUAGGCUGACUUACACAUUUUAUCUCAUAUCUCACGUCCUGAUUGCCUUGUCUAUAAAACAGGGACGAUUCAGAGUUCUCCCCCGGGACUGUGGUGGGGAAAUUGUGAGACACAGACCUGGGACCUGGGAGGUCAUUGUGUCGUUUUGAAACCAGGGUGUCACUAGCCCUGACUGGCCUGGAACUAUGGGGACCAGGCCGACUUCGAACUCGCUGAUCUUCCUGCUUCAGCCUCCCGAACAAUAGAAUUCCAGGCUUUCGGAACUACUUCUGGCUUCCUAGGUUUUUGGAAGGUUUGCCCAGCUGUGAAUUGGGUACCUUACCCGGGAUGCAGAGAAUAAUGCUUGCCCACGUUGGUCAGGGAACCUACACUGCCGGUUUCUGCUGCCACCCAGGGCCUCGGUUUCCUCCUAUAAGGAGAUAGAACUGGAAGGGUAAGGGGGACCGGUAGGGGUAGAGGGUAGUGGGACAGAGGGUAGUGGAGGCACGCGGGGGAGGGGGGCGUGGAACCACGUAGCACAGGCUAGUCUUGCCUGGCCUUAAAUUAAGGCUAGUUAGCGUCUGCUCUUAUUGCUGGUCCCGGCCUGCCCACCCAACCCUUGCUCCCACCUCCUAGUCACCAACUCAGGCACAGCAGCCCCAGCCCUGGGUGAGUCCAAACAAAGGCCGGUCUCAGGGGACCCGCCGCGGCCCAAUCUGAGAUCAGUUUAACUGGGCGGCUGGCAGAGCCUUUGGAGAGAGAGCAAGGCCAGAUAUCCGGAGACCCUCGCCGGCCUCUGAACUCCCCCAAAAGCUGAUCUUGCGCGAUCCCACUAGACACGGGAAGAGGGGUGUCAUCAAUCACCUCCUUGCUUCCGUACCCCCUCCCCAUUCUUUUCCCAGACUGUGGGAGGCAAAGGGUUAAAUCCCAUAGAGCUGAUGUUCUGACUCCAGGCUAGAGGGGCCCGGGAAGCUGGGGUCACUUCCUGCUCCGUCCCAGUCACCCUGAACUGGUCCCCGGGUCCUCAGCCUGGAAUCACCCCUUGAGAAGGACCCUAGAGUGCUCGGCUACCAGCCUGUCCCCCGAGGCAGGGCACUUAAGGGGUUAAGUCCCCUGGGGCUGGACUCUGUCUUCCGGCUUUUCCCAGACCCCAGAGCCAGUCCCUGGAACCUUCGCAGUCGGGAGCUCUGGGAUGGAGCCUGAGACGGUGCUGUGGGGCCCAGAGCUGCAGGGUCCUGAAGAGAGCCGGAACAAUGCUCACGGAGGUGCCGAGAGCGGCAAUGAAGAGGAAGGCCCUCAGCAGGAAAGUUCUGGGGAGGAGAUCAUCUUGGGAGAUCCGGAGCAGAGCCCAGAAUCCAAGGACCCACCAGAGAUGCCCCUGGAGAACCCCUCUCAGGAUGCCUCAGCCCCUCAGGAUUCCCCAGCCCCAUUGGCUUCUUCCAACCCCUUUGACCACCAGACCCCUAUGGACCCAUCAGCCCCUGAGGUAGUCCCUUCCCCCUCCGAGUGGACCAAGGCCUGUGAAACCAAUUGGCAAUGGGGAACCCUCACCUCCUGGAACAGCACCCCAGUAGUCGCUGCCAGCGAACCCAGCCUACGGGAACUGGUGCAGGGCCGCCCUUCUGGGGCCGAGAAGCCAUACAUCUGCAACGAGUGUGGCAAGAGCUUUAGCCAGUGGUCCAAACUGCUCCGGCACCAGCGCAUCCACACGGGGGAGCGGCCCAACACGUGCUCAGAGUGUGGCAAGAGCUUCACCCAGAGCUCGCACCUGGUGCAGCACCAGCGCACACACACGGGCGAAAAGCCCUACAAGUGCCCCGACUGUGGCAAGUGCUUCAGCUGGAGCUCCAAUCUGGUCCAGCACCAGCGCACGCACACGGGCGAGAAGCCCUACAAGUGCACGGAGUGCGAGAAAGCCUUCACACAAAGCACCAACCUCAUCAAGCACCAGCGGUCCCACACCGGUGAGAAGCCCUACAAGUGCGGCGAAUGCCGGCGCGCUUUCUACCGCAGCUCCGACCUCAUCCAGCACCAGGCCACACACACAGGCGAAAAGCCCUAUAAGUGCCCCGAAUGUGGCAAGCGCUUCGGUCAGAACCACAACCUGCUCAAGCACCAGAAGAUCCAUGCAGGGGAGAAGCCAUAUCGCUGCACCGAGUGCGGCAAGAGCUUCAUCCAGAGCUCAGAGCUGACCCAGCACCAGCGCACUCACACGGGGGAGAAGCCCUACGAGUGCCUGGAGUGUGGCAAGAGCUUUGGUCACAGCUCCACGCUCAUCAAGCACCAGCGGACGCACCUACGCGAGGACCCCUUCAAGUGCCCUGUCUGUGGCAAGACCUUCACGCUGAGUGCCACGCUGCUGCGCCACCAGCGCACACACACAGGUGAGCGGCCCUACAAGUGCCCCGAGUGCGGCAAGAGCUUCAGCGUCAGCUCCAAUCUCAUCAACCACCAGCGCAUCCACCGUGGGGAGCGGCCGUAUAUCUGUGCCGACUGCGGCAAAAGCUUCAUCAUGAGCUCCACUCUCAUCCGCCACCAGCGGAUCCACACGGGCGAGAAGCCCUAUAAGUGCUCUGACUGUGGCAAGAGCUUCAUUCGCAGCUCUCACCUCAUCCAGCACCGCCGCACGCACACGGGCGAGAAGCCCUACAAGUGUCCCGAGUGCGGCAAGAGCUUCAGCCAGAGCUCCAACCUUAUUACGCACGUCCGUACACACAUGGACGAGAACCUCUUCGUGUGCUCGGACUGCGGCAAAGCCUUCCUGGAGGCUCAGGAGCUGGAGCAGCACCGCGUGAUCCAUGAGCGAGGCAAGACACCUGCCCGGAGAGCUCAGAGUGACAGCUUGCUAGGACUUGGGGAUCCUGCCCUGAUGACCCCGCCACCGGGGGCCAAACCCCACAAGUGUCUGGUCUGUGGCAAGGGCUUCAAUGACGAGGGCAUCUUCAUGCAGCACCAGCGGGUUCAUAUCGGAGAAAACCCCUACAAAAAUGCAGAUGGUCUCAUAGUACACCCGACCCCCAAGCCUCCGCAGUUCCGCUCCCCUAGGCUCCCCUUUGGGGGCAAUUCACAUCCAGGUGCUUCGGAAGGCAGAGCUGACCCCCCAGGACAGUCCUUGAAAGUGCCUGAGGGUCAGGAGGGCUUCAGCCAAAAGCUGGGUCCGCAGUCCUCUAAGUCCUAUGUAUGUCCCCACUGUGGAGAAAGCUUCCUCGACAGGGCGGUGCUCCUGCAGCAUCAGCUCACCCACGGCAAUGAAAAGCCCUUUUUCUUUCCCGAGUGUAGGAUUGGCCUUGGGGAAGGGGCAGAGCCCAGUUCCUUCCUAAGUGGGAAGCCCUUCAAAUGCCCAGAAUGCAAAAAAAGCUUUGGCCUGAGCUCUGAGUUGCUACAGCACCAGAAGGUCCAUGCGGGCGGGAAGUCCCAGAAGAGCUCGGAGCUGGGGAAGAGCUCCUCAGUGCUGUUGGAACAUCUCAGGAGCCCCUUGGGGGCCAGACCCUACAGCUGCUCUGAUUGUGGGGCCUCCUUCCUCGACCGGCUAGCUCUUACCCGCCACCAGGAAACCCACACUCAAGAAAGGGCCCCCACUCCUGAGGACCCCACUUCAGAGUCAGUCACCUUAUCCACAAACCAGGAAGACGAGGGAGAGGCCUCUACCCCCUCAAAGAGCAGCAACCACAGGGAAGAGGACAGUCCGAAAACUCUGUCAGAGGAGAAGCGCUAUCUGUGCCCUGAGUGUGGCGACAGCUUUACAGAAGUCGCAACGCUCCUCCUCCACAGGAGCUGUCACCCAGGGGUCUCCCUGUGAAGAGGUCUGGAGACCAGGGACCUCUCUCUCCUGAGAAAUUGUGGGGAAAGGAAACCAACCCCAUCAGAUCGUAGAGAAGUGGAGGGCCAAGAACCCUGGGAAGAAAUAGUGCAUUUCUGUCAGCAGUGAGAAGCCUAUGAGAUUGCGGGUGGGGACCACUUAUAAGCCGUAGAGAAAAACUGCUGGGUUAGAAGCCCUAUACAUAUGUAGGAAAAAAGCCCUUUAAGUCUGUAGCAGAGAAACCCUAUAAACCAUAGUGGGUAAAAGCCCUGUUAAUUGUAGGAAGAGGUUCUAACACGUCUCUAGACAAACCCAUAAAACUGUAUUAAAAUCCUUCUCAGAAUCUUCUAGGUGGGGGAGGUGUAGGGAAUACAGUCGGCACUGACUUGGGAGGUGCCCUGGAUGGCGGAGGAAACACCUGGACUCUUGUAUUCUCUCCUGGCAGCCUUGGACAGAGGCAGUGCUCAGCGGGGAAGAGUAGGAGGGAAGAGAAGUGGGGAGGGAAUGACUAGGCGCUUCCAGACCCACAGGUGAGACCAGACAUCCAUUGCACUAGAGGUUCUUUGGUGAAUUGCAUGUACUAGGGGAAGGAAGACUGUGGGGGUUCCUUAUUAAUAAGAGCCCCCCAGAAAUGACAAGCCAUUUUAAAGGCUGGAGUUUGGGGUGUAUAAGCAACCUUGAGUGUAAGACUAUUGAGAAAAUGUUGAGAAACCACCCCAGCUAUUGGGGGAAAGUUAAGUCUGUUUGAAGGGAAGCAGAGCACGGUGGGGAAACUGCAGCUGGAGGCUAGCCAGUUCCUCCUCCUAGGAGCGUGUUAAGCUUCAAGUGCAAGCAGAUCCCAGUUCAGGCCAUCAGGGUUCUCCUCAGACAGGCAGGACCAGCCUUUCCCCAGCCCAGCUGGGGAUGUCUACUCUGAGAGGCCUCUGGGGUUUCAGGGGGCCUCUGCCACAUUCUCAGGUCUCACAGGUUUUACCUGAAAGCUCACUGCCACAAGGUUUACUGCAGUGGCAACCCGUUUCCUCAAAUUCUGUCCUCAGUGGAGAGAGCCACUCGCUGCUAGUCAACUUCCAAAGAAUAAAUUCCGUCAGAGAUUCAAGGCUUGUAUGUGCUUGUCCUCCCUGGACUUCUACAAGUUCAUGAGAGAGAGCCACUUGUGGGCUCUCUGGUGACGAGGGACGGCAAGACAACAGAACAGGCAGCUCUGACUUACCAGCAACAAGAGUCAAACCUCAGCCUUUCGUGUGAACUCUGUGUAAGGCUGCCUGCAGGGUGAGCCAGGCUGCACAUGGCGGAUGGACACGUGGCACAGACUGGACCAGAGUUCCCGAAGAGGCAAUGGAAACUUGACCACCUUCUCAACCCCAGUACCUGGAUGCCCUUGAGAUGGGGUGGCAAAUUUGAUCCUGGCUCGGGGAAGGGACAGAUUCCACCUUUUGGCCUUUCUCUCCUUAGCCAGAAACCACUGGAGGGAAAUUAAAGGAGGAGACAUGGUCCUCUGCCAGGCCCAUCUCCUCCUCAGAUAGCACAGGCUAGACCAUUCAUCCAGCCAAGCCUGCUCACAUGACUGGAGCUCCGUGAUGGAGCAGAGACAGUUGCCCUAUAAAGUAGUUGAAGAAAACCUUUGGCGAGAAACAUCUGUAAUGAAGACCCUUAAGGAUGGUAAGGACUCUCCCCUGUAUUUUGGUUGCAAAGAGAGUGUCCUUACCCAGUGCUGGCGUUAGCGACACAUUGUCCAGAGUAGGAGGUGAGACACCACAUGAUUGGCUCUAGGAGUCCUGUGAGCUCUAGGAUCCACGAGUGAGCUGGAUCCCUCCAGUGCUGAGGAAGAGACAUCUCAUUCCAUUACCUAAACUAAAAGUUCAAAAGGUAGAGGCCGAUCAUCCUUCAUCUUUCCUGUGCCCAGAUAGAUGACCCUCAAAAUUUAAAGGACCAAAAUCUAGAAUGCUGGGAGAAAAAUGCCAGUCCUCCUGGGGAGAGAGAAAGGGCAGGCCUUACACAGUUACAGAGAGAGCCUUGCUAGGGUCCCAAGUAUCAGGUCGGGGGAAGCACCAUGAGAUGGGUAGGAGCCUGCCUGAUAGUGACAGAAAUAUUGAUAAAAGGGCAUCCCUAUAAAAUGGAGUAGAUACUCUCCUAAGUAUAAGCUGAUUUGUCCCCUUCUAAGGUGGUAGCAGAAACUAGAGUUAUCCUUUGUAAAAGUAGGAGCAGGCUCCCUCUGACCCAGGCCUGAGAGUCUGUCAUCAGAAGACGGGGCAGGCGCUCAGCAUAGUCAUGGCUAACUAGAGUGUUGAGGACUGAGAUGUAGCAUGUGGGACAGGAUGCUCACAUGUUCUGGAGACAAGCGAGGGCUGUGGUCUCCACUCCAGUACUGAAUGGACCAUGUGCAUAGGUGGUGCCGGGCUUCCUAGCAGGAAAAGGGCAGAGCAGAGCCCUCGUGGGCUCUGGCCACCUCCUUCUCACACCCUGCUACGCCACAGAGGAAUCUGUUGCAGGGCCCGGCGUCCUUCUAGCUGGCUCAGGAAGAGGUCCGCCAGAACUGAGUAUGGGAGGCAUAGUGGAGCCAGCUCCAUCCUGGGCCAGAGCCCUCAGAAGAGCCCCUGGGAAGAGCCCAGCAGCUGUGGGCAGAGUCCAAGCAUGGGAGAGGGUGGAGCUGACCUGCACUUAGGGAAAACUUAGAACUGAUGAUGAAUGUGGGGUCAAAUAAGAACUCAUAAAGGAACUGGGUAUGAAUCAUAAUCGGGGAGAGGACUUGAAACCAUCUGACCUCCCUUGCCUUCUCCCUCUGGAGUGAGGGGAGGUCCCCGUUUAGAGUGUUGUGUGUCAGUCAGUGUUGUGUCCCCAGUCUGUUCAGUAGUUGGAGAGAAUAAAGGGAGCGAGAUUCCCGGG